CACCAACUCACCAUCCAACUCCUCACCCUUCAAUAGCUCGAGACUCGAAGAGAUCACAACGACAACACCACCAAACGAACCAAAACGAGAAAUCAAAACGACUCAUAAUACGGAGUAGAACGACUAAUAAUAAAACGACUAAUACAAAAAUACGAGUUGAGGGGGAUAAACACAACUCCCAAAGACACUGACGAAGAGAGAGACUUACCGCCCUGGGAUGCACAAAAAUUCCCCCCCAAAUACUCGCGUACCCUGGACAUGUAUCCCCCUACUGUACCGUUAGCUGUAGGCUUAUACUGUAGCUGGAUGUGUGAACCGCCCGCCAAACCCACCCCCCUCAUCAAUUUAUUUUUGUUCCUCUUCCAUCACCACAACACAACCCACCAGCUUCCACACCCUCCUCUCGUCCAAUUCCACUCCACCACUCCACCACUGUUCCUAUUUCCUCUUCCCUUUUCCCUCUUCCCUCUUCCCUCUUCAUCCCUCAAACUCCUCACGCCCUCUCAAUAACCCAUAUCAACUGAAUUGUCGCCUUUCCGCUGCACAAGUACAAUUCUUCGUAGCUGUCGCUUGAUCGCAGGUUUUCAAUUUUUGUCGCCGAUUCCGACAUAACCCACAAUGUCUGCCAAAGCGAUCCUCGAAGCUGAUGGCAAGGCCAUUCUCAACUACCACCUCACCCGCGCCGCCGUCAUCAAGCCAUCCCCUCUCCCGAAAUCUACCACACACAACCCUCCCUCGAAACUCGCCUCGCUCUACUUCCCAGCAGACGCAGAGGUUUCGGCGAUUCUCGACCAGGCCGAGGUUUCGUUCCCAUGGCUGCUACAGCCAGGCGCCAAAUUUGUCGCCAAGCCAGAUCAGCUCAUCAAGCGUCGCGGCAAGAGCGGUCUGCUCGCCCUGAACAAGACAUGGUCUGAGGCGAAGGCAUGGAUCCAAGAGCGUGCCGGAAAGCCCCAAAAGGUCGAGUCCGUUGUCGGUGUCUUGAGGCAGUUCUUGGUUGAGCCAUUCGUGCCUCACCCAGACGGAACCGAAUAUUAUAUCAACAUCAACUCUGUUCGCGAGGGCGACUGGAUCCUUUUCACUCACGAGGGUGGUGUUGAUGUUGGCGACGUUGAUGAGAAGGCCGAGAAGCUUCUCAUUCCCGUGGACCUGAAGGAAUACCCAUCGAACGAGGAGAUUGCUGCUACUCUCUUGUCGAAGGUGCCAAAGGGAAUCCAUAACGUUCUCGUCGACUUCAUCACCAGACUCUACGCCGUCUACGUUGACUGCCAAUUCACAUACCUCGAAAUCAACCCAUUGGUUGCCAUCCCAAAUGAGGAUGCCACCUCCGCCGAUGUGUUCUUCCUGGAUCUGGCUGCCAAGCUCGACCAGACUGCUGAGUUCGAGUGCGGUGCCAAGUGGGCUGCUGCACGCUCGCCAGCUGCUCUUGGCAUGGCCGCUGUCAAGGCGGCCGAUGGUCGCGUUAACAUUGACGCUGGCCCACCAAUGGAGUUCCCAGCGCCUUUCGGCCGUGAGCUGACCAAGGAGGAGGCAUACAUCGCCGAGCUCGACGCGAAAACUGGUGCUUCGCUGAAGCUGACCGUCCUUAACCCCACCGGCAGAGUCUGGACUCUUGUCGCUGGUGGUGGUGCGUCCGUCGUCUACGCCGACGCUAUCGCCAGCUCGGGUUUCUCUGAGGAGCUCGCCAACUACGGCGAAUACUCCGGAGCGCCCACCGAGUCGCAGACUUACCACUACGCCCGCACUGUCCUGGACCUUAUGCUCCGCGCCCCUCCCACCGACGCGGGCAAGGUCCUCUUCAUUGGCGGCGGUAUUGCCAACUUCACCAACGUCGCCUCCACAUUCAAGGGUGUCAUCAAGGCCAUCCGCGAGUAUGCACCAAGCAUCAUUGAGCACAAGGUUAAGAUCUGGGUUAGACGUGCCGGACCCAACUACCAGGAGGGACUGAAGAACAUCAAGGCUGUCGGCCAGGAGCUGAAGCUCGACAUGCACGUCUACGGACCGGACAUGCACGUCAGCGGCAUCGUGCCUUUGGCGCUUGUGCCGGGCCGCUUCGAGGCCAGCGACGUGAAGGAGUUUGGCGCUGCCUAGAGCUCAGGUUUUGGGGAUUAACAGUAAUAAAUGUACUUGAAAAAAUUGUCCCAUGUUGGACCAUGGGUCUGCAUGUGGGGGAUAUUUGCUCUGAUGGGGCGCCUGCAAUAGAUACUUCCUAAUGAUAAAGACGAUGUGAGAUCUGUACUGUCUCGAGUUCUUUCUGCCACAGGAGCAGUUGGGGCCUUUUUUGAGAUUUAAAUUACGUGUUUCGAGGAAUGUGCCGCAAUUCUGACAUCUGUUAAAUGACGGUGAGCCACUUGUCGAUCGAUGAACCACACCACCAGACGCUCUAGCAUGGUCUAGUCGGGGAGAUCCUACAGUAGCUGCCAUGCCGCUCUUUUUGUUCUUUUCUUCUGUGGUACGGUAGUUACGGAGAUGAUGAUGAUGCAAAACGUGCCCGAGUAUAGAACUUCAAGAUGAGAUGCUGCUGGUUGGAAGUACUGUAUGAUACACCUCCUCGUCUCUAGCUACUCGUAUUCAGCCGUGCAGCCGUACGUACAGCAGCCAACAGCCAGCUACAAAAUAGCUUCAAUAGUCAGAUAUGACAACAGAGAACACCAAGACAACGUUACGAGCCUCGUGCAUCGUGAGAUUAAAGUAAAUGGGGAAAGGACCCUGAGGUUGUCAAAACUGUCAACUACGAGGUACAAGGGCGGGCGCCGCGGGCAGAAACAGACGCGCCAGCCGCCUGCAAGAGUCCUGGUAUUUACUAACGUAUCUCACCCAUAUCCCCCC